GUGGCGAUGGCAUUCGGCACGUCGUAGCUGGCGAGGAAUGCGACGAUGGAAACUUGAUUGACGGAGACGGUUGCUCAAGGGACUGCCGCAUCGAAGCUGGCUUCACAUGUCCGACGCACGGGUGGCCCUCUGUUCUGCUGACCCCUUGUGUGCCAAUUUGCGGAGAUGGCCUGCGGGUCGGCGAUGAGGACUGCGACGACAACAACACAGAGUCUGGUGAUGGCUGCAGUCCGACCUGCGAGGUGGAAAUUGGCUGGUUCUGCAAGCGAGCUGGCACAGGCGUGGGCUUUGAGGUGUGUCUCCAGACCUGCUUGAAUGGCAUCAUUGACCCCGGAGAAGAUUGUGACGAUGCCAACACGUUCAAGAACGACGGGUGUGCCAACUGCAUCCUCGAGCCGGGAUGGAGAUGUGAGCCGAUUCAACAUCGUUUCACGAGCACGUCCUCGGGCAGCCAGUGCAUGCCCGUCUGUGGCGAUGGCUUCCGCAUCGAGCUCGGGCCUGCGGCAGAGGAGUGCGACGAUGGGAACAACCUGGCGGGUGACGGCUGCGACCCGGUCUGCCAACUCGAAACUGGUUGGCGCACGAAGGUCCAGGCAGAUUCAAGCAAGCUGCUGCUGGAAUCCAUCUGUGGCGAUGGACUUGUAGUGGGCAGCGAAGGUUGCGAUGACGGCAACCUGGACCCUGGGGACGGAUGCAGCACCACCUGCAACAUGGAGCCUGGCUUCGCUUGCACUCCUGAAGAUGCUAUGACGAAGCCGGAGGCAGCCGCUGGGCCACCGUUUGCCGCUCAAAACAGGAGCAUUUGCGUGCCUGUAUGCGGUGAUGGCGUAGUGUUGGUCGGCAACGGAGAGGAAUGCGAUGAUGGAAACCGUGUUCCCAAUGAUGGCUGUGACGAGAAUUGCCGAGUGGAAAGUGGCUAUGCCUGUGGCAUCCAAAGCGGAGGUGGAGAUGGCUUGUUGCGGGCACCAGAAGAGUGCGACGAUGGAAACGAUGGGAAGGGAGAGCGGCGCUUGGAUGGAUGUGACCAGCACUGUAAGCUUGAAGAGGCAUGGGCCCUCAUCUUCUUGAGAGGAUGCAGGUCGAAGAGCUCCGACCCUGACUGGAUCAACUACGCGCGAUCGACACUGAACGUCUGGCUGGGACAGCAGCCUUGUGGUGCUGAAGUUCAGGUCAUUGACCUGCGUGUGGGAAAGGCUAACUGCAAGCUCCAGCUUGUGCAAUGGAAUUGCCUAGAGUCAGCAGCCUGCCGGCAGCUUUGUGGCGAUUAUCUGCGCUUGGAGGGGGAGGAGAAACAUCCACACGAGGGCAUCUUGCCGAUCGUACCCAGACGGCUUUGGCUGGGCCACAUCAGUCAGGAGUGCGACGAUGGCAACCUGCUUUUAGCAGAUGGCUGCGACAGCAGUUGCCAUGUGGAGGUGGGUUGGACGUGCCGCUCCUAUGUCUACGGGCCCACGAACGCGACAUCUCUUUGUUCUCCGAUCUGUGGAGAUGGGAUGAUCAACGGGGCAGAGGCUCUGCAGAUGCGAGAUUUCUCGCUUCCGAGUGCCGGUCGCAUGGCCUUUGUGCUAGCCGGGGAUCACGUCUUGGCUGCAGUUUGCUCCUAUGCCAUGGCCUCCAGAGCCCGUGGCCUAGACUUUCAAGCUCUGGUCGUGCCGCCCUCGUCAUGGGGUGAUGCCGCUGCAAUAAGCCCGACCGCAACGGAUGGCAGUUUUAUUGUUUUCUUCCCUGGUGUUGGGUUCAAAUACCUGGACCUGUCGCUAGACAACGCUUCAUGGAGAGAAGGGGGGAACUUCUCAGGCGCCAUUGCUUCACAAGUCGGCAUGCUGCAUCAUCAAACCGGAGACUCUUGUUACAUAUCCUUUGCAGAGACGCCACCGAAGUCCUGGGUGUGCUACCAGCUUGUCUGCAAAGAUGGCAAAGCUCCAUCUCCACAGCUGGCAGAGAGGGUGUGCCUGCCAGGUGAGAUCCGAGCCGCUUGUGAUGCUGGUGAUGGUUUUGCGGCUCUGGCAAUCUCAAGUGGCCAGCUCCGUUUUGUGGACUUAGCAAGUGGUAAAGGAGGCAAAGGCCUCAAGCUCGGCGAAGCCAAGAAAUGCGUGGCAUUGACCCGACUUGCAAAACGCAAGGUGCUCAUGGUUCGGGAUCGUGCGGAUCGUGCGAGCAUCGGGCCGGAGUUUCUGAUCAUCGAGCUGGACGAAUUCCAGGCAGUGUCCUUGCAGAGGCGGGGCAUGCUUCACACGGGUUCCAGCCCUCUUGCGGGACGGAUCGAAUCGGCGGUGGUAACCCACGAGGAAGAGGAGCGUGUCUUGCUCUGCUGGCGGGAGCCAGUCAUGAUGAAUGGAGGUACACCCAAUGGCCACACUGAGCAGGGAACGGUGUGCCACGUAGCCACGACUGUGCUGAGAGACAAAGACAGCAAUCUGGUACGGUUGCCCGAGCCCUCGGCGAGUUGCCAAGUGGCAGCCAUCGCGGGCUACUACGCGGAACUGCACCGUGAAGGUAGCACGUUAUCCUUCCACCUGCGGGAAGCUCGCUACGGCUUGGCUGUGGCAUCCGGGCAGGCAUCAAUCCAGAUCGACUCGAAGUCACAGCACACGGUCUCCGCUCAGACGGCCGGUUCGGUGACCUUAGUGUACGCUGGAGGAGGCUUUGCAGCCAUCAAGUGGCAGCUGCCACUCUUCUCGCUGAAGGGCCUCGUCGCUCGGCGCUCCGAAUCGCGCCAAGUGCGAAGAGCACUGGAUGGGGGCGCAGCUGCAUUGAGCCGGAAACGCAAGCGCGACGAAGAGGAUGGACACAAACAGCUCUCCAUGCAAGGCCUGGCAGAACUGGUUCGUCGUUGCGGCGCCUUGCAGAAAAACGAUGUCGCGCUGCUAAAGGCCUGUCUGAAGCCGGAAGACCUACACUCCGUCAUCAGGACCCUGCUGAAUUGGCUGCGCUUACAUCAAGGCAUACCUGCAGCGGAGAUAAAGAAAGUCGCUCCGAGGAUGCCGCGACUCGCUUCGAUAGUUUGUUUCCUGAAGGCAAUGGUUGAUGCCUUCCUGCCAGUGAUUCGUGAUAUAGCACCAGACGACAUCGAAGCUGUUCUAGAACGACUGGUCGUCGCGCAGGGUGCCUCCCGGCGAAGUGAGAAGCUCUACGCACGAGCCCGAGAAGCAUGCAGGCAAUGCCAGGAAAAGCCUCGAGCGAGCGAGGUCAACACGAAGAAGAACCUCGAGAUACAACGGCCUGCGAUGAUGGCAAUCUGGUGCCAGGUGAUGGAUGUGACGCAACAUGCCAAGUUGAGGCAGGGCCGGAUGCAGGUGAAUUACGUCUGCUGCGACCCGACACCGACUUCAGGCUCCAGUUGCGUCCCGGGCCUUGCUGCGGACCGGGAGCUGAUCUGCGGAAUACCAACCUGUGGCAACGGCCGCCGCGAUUCGGGUGAAGGCUGCGACGAUGCCAACCGCGUUGCAGGCGACGGCUGUGGCCAGUUCUGCCAGGUGGAGCCUGGAUACGCGUGCAUUCCCAUGGCAGUGCAAGGACCAGGCCUGAAAAUCCUGAAGACCUCACAAAAAGCUCGGCAUCGUUGGCAGAACGCGUAA